AGAUGGAGUUGGAGUUUAUACACCGAAAAAAUGGAAACAAACACGUUUAAAUUCAUCUUUGCUGAUUCCACUGCCUCUACUUUUCAACAAUUUACCGACAUGAGAUUACAAUCUCGUUCUGGACCCGCUUUACUUAAUUUGCAGAGUUCAACAAUUCCUUCGUCCACUUCUACUUCCAUAACUUCAACUCAAAUUGGCAAAGUUCAAGGAGAUGCGUCGGAGAAACAGUCGAAUUAUUAA